AAAGUGUUGGAUAGGCGGCUGAUUUAGAGGCAGACAUGUUCCGAAACCAGUAUGACAAUGACGUCACUGUAUGGAGUCCACAGGGACGCAUACAUCAGAUUGAAUAUGCUAUGGAAGCAGUGAAACAAGGCUCCGCAACAGUGGGGCUUAAGUCACACUCCCAUGCAGUUCUUGUAGCACUUAAGAGGGCUCAGUCUGAGCUGGCAGCUCAUCAGAAAAAGAUUCUCCAUGUUGAUAAUCAUGUGGGAAUUUCCAUCGCCGGCCUGACUGCUGAUGCCAGACUCCUGUGCAACUUUAUGCGGCAGGAGUGUCUGGAUUCCAGGUUUGUGUUUGACCGGCCUCUUCCCAUAUCUCGGCUUGUUUCGCUCAUUGGAAGCAAAACCCAGAUUCCCACACAAAGGUAUGGAAGAAGGCCAUAUGGUGUAGGCCUCUUAAUUGCAGGUUAUGAUGACAUGGGACCUCAUAUCUUCCAGACCUGUCCCUCAGCGAACUACUUUGACUGCAAGGCCAUGUCCAUCGGAGCACGCUCUCAGUCAGCCCGUACUUACUUAGAGAGACACAUGGACAACUUCCUUGACUGUAAUCUGAACGACCUGGUUCAACAUGGCCUGCGUGCACUCAGAGAGACUCUUCCCGCAGAACAGGACCUCACCACCAAGAAUGUUUCCAUUGGAAUUGUGGGCAAAGACAUGGAGUUCACUAUCUAUGAUGACGACGAUGUUGCUCCUUUCCUUGAAGGUCUGGAGGAGAGACCCCAGAGAAAGGUUGUUCAGCCAGCUGAUGAACCAGCUCCAGCUGCCUCAGAUGAGCCAAUGGAGCAUUGAGAGGGCCAAAGAAACACGGUGGUUACACGUGAACCGCUGAUUCUUUGUUAUAUGUCAGACCUAUUUUGCCCAGAAUCCAAGGCAGCCUGUCUUUCACUUAACCUCUUUUGGUUGCUGUUCAGAGGAACAGCUGUGACAUUUAACCUACAUACAUGACAUGUACUUUGUGCUAAUUGCAAUGACUGUACGAUUUUUUUGGUUUUCUAUCUGUAUGGAGUUGAACUCAA